GCCUUUAAAGUUUAUAACCUAAUUAUUUAAUAACGACCUUCAUACUUAGAUCUUAACAUUAAAGCCUGAAAUCUUGUGUAUGUGUUUAAUACUCAAGUUCGAUCGAUGGGCUAUAUGAGUUAUGAUGGGGCUGUCAUGAGUGCGUACAUUGUAAUCGCGUCUUCUGCUGUGACGAGUGUUCCAAUGCGCAUAUUAUCUUAAUUAAAGCGUACCAACUCUUAGCAUUUUAAUAAACGUAAUGAUAAUGAAUUAAAUAUCAAUCAGUUUUACUGCAUUGCAAAUAUUGCCAAAGUGCUGAUUUAUAUCGCCAUACCCGUAUUAUAUAGUUCUCUCCCUUUUCUCUCUAUCUCUUUUUCUCUUGCUAUUACUCCCUGUCUCACUCUUUUACUCUGCUGUCACUCGUAUAAAAUACAACAAACUAUGCCACAAUCGUUACAACCGUAUGUGUAGAAAAGUAUUAAUACUAAAAACGAACGUGGAGUUGAUAACAUUUUUUGAUAAAAGAUAUUAGGAAAAUAGUUAUCCACUAUGGUGCUUACGGAAAACCAACCUGGACCAUCGAAUCCACUUGGAUCAAAUGCAGAAGAGAAAGAAAAAGACGAUAGAUUAUUUGAAUGCAAUAUUUGUUUAGAUACUGCCAAAGAUGCUGUUGUUAGUAUGUGUGGUCACUUAUUUUGCUGGCCUUGUCUGCAUCAGUGGUUAGAAACACGUAUUACAAGGCAAGUAUGUCCUGUGUGUAAAGCGGCAAUCAGCAAAGAAAAAGUCAUACCACUUUAUGGAAGAGGUACUUCAAAACAAGAAGAUCCAAGAAAUAAUGUUCCACCGCGCCCAAUGGGCCAAAGAAGUGAACCUGAAGCCAAUGUAGGUUUUCCUGGUUUUGGAUUCGGAGAUGGAGGUUUUCAUAUGUCAUUUGGCAUUGGUGCAUUUCCAUUUGGAUUUUUCACAUCAACCUUCAAUUUUCCUGAAACACGGCCAAGUCCAGCACCACAUGGAACCCCUCAUUUAGAUGAUGAUACAUUUCUUUCAAAAUUAUUUAUCUGGUUAGCUGUUGCUUUCAUUUUCUGGUUACUUUUGGCAUAACUGAAGUUUAAUCAAAAUCCUAGACUGCUAAGUCAGUUCAUCAAAAUUUUGUAAAAUCUAUAUUUUUUUUGUGUAUAUUCUGACAACUUUUAAUAGAAGGACUUUUAUUUUUAUAUAACUACAGUGUGUACUGAGUUAUUUAAUUAAUAUUGCAUAUCAAUGAUAUAACCUGUAUGAAUAAUAUUGUCUUUAUUGAUUUUCGAUCAUACAAAAAUGAAAUAUUUUAAGUGAUUUUCAUCAUGAACUUGUUAGUAUGCUAUUACUAAAGUUUUCUUCAAUUAAAUUAGCAAACUUUCAAGUA